AUGCGCAGUGCUUUGCUCUCUUGGAAUAGAACAUUCACUCUUAAAUUACCCCGCCCCCGCCUUUCCAUCCAGGAACGUCCGCGACAUCUUCGAUACCCAAACCGCAUUUUCUUCGUUUCUACUAGACUCUCAAUCAUGCCUUCGCAGACUUUCAAGUUGAACUCGGGAUACGACAUCCCCGCCGUUGCACUCGGCACCUGGCAGUCUGCCCCCGGCCAAGUCCAGGAAGCCGUCUCCUAUGCCCUGAAGAUCGGCUACAAGGCUAUUGAUGGCGCCUACUGUUACGCCAACGAGGACGAAGUUGGCCAGGGUCUUAAGGAGGCCUUUGCCAAUGGCGUUAAGCGCGAAGACAUUUUCGUUGUCACCAAGCUUUGGGCUACCUACACAACCAGCGAUGAGAGAGUAAAGCUGGGUCUUGAAAAGAGCUUGAAGAGCCUGGGCCUUGACUAUGUUGACCUAUUCCUUGUCCACUGGCCUGUUGCCAUGAACCCCGAGGGCAACCACGACAGAUUCCCUACUAAGCCCGACGGCAGCCGUGACAUCCUCCACAGCCACUCCCAUGUUGAUACCUGGAAGUCUAUGGAGAAGCUCCUAGACACUGGCAAGGUCCGGUCCAUUGGUGUUUGCAACUACAGCAAGAGAUAUCUCGAGGAGCUCCUCCCCCAGGCCAAGGUCGUUCCCGCCGUCAACCAGAUCGAGAACCACCCCAGUCUGCCUCAGCAGGAGAUUGUCGACUUCUGCAAGGAGAAGGGCAUUCACAUCAUGGCCUACAGCCCACUCGGCUCUACUGGUGGCCCCCUCCUGAGCGCCGCCCCCGUUGUCAAGAUUGCCGAGAAGCGGGGUGUCACGGCCUCCACCGUGCUCCUCAGCUACCACGUCGCUCGUGGCAGCACCGUCAUUGCCAAGUCCGUUACCGCCGAGCGCAUCAAGGCCAACCUCGACAUUGUCGACUUGGAUGAUGAGGACCUUAAGGAGCUCCGCGCCUACUCAGACGACCUGACGGCUAAGAAGGAGCUGAAGCGUUACGUCUACCCUCCGUUCGGCAUUGACUUCGGGUUCCCCGACAAGUCUUAA